AUGUUUGCACUUGUACGGUUUGUACAUGAAGAGGAUAACCGGCUACAUAUCGUGCCAGUCGACGACAUAGAAAAGUUUAAUCCCGGUGAUGAUGCAGAUUUUGACAACCGACUCCUAUAUUCUGUAAUGUGGCGGGACGACUUGAAUGAGGAAAAUACAGGUACCUACAGUGGGCAAAUCCUGAUGCUGGACCAUCUGCCAACCAGUCCAGCAGUACAGCAGCAUGUCCCAUAUGCUGAAGCAGCUUCAUCAGAGCCUGCCCAGACAGAAGCGCAGAAGCCAGACUUUUCAUACAUGGGCGACGGCUUUUUUUUGCAGUUUCACUUAAAGGACGGCUUCUGUGUUUCUGGCGCACAAGCGGCCAAAAUAUUUGGAAACAAAAAAGGCACGCUUGUGUGCAAGGACACAGCACAAGCACUGUGGGGCAGCGCCAUCCUUGCGACCCGGAGUGUCAGCGGAAAUAUAGCCCCCAAGAAGAGGGCAUUGGGCGAGCUGCCAAAACAGCAGUUAACACCUAAGAAGGUGGAUGUUGUAGUGGCUACAAUCCAGCACUGGGGCAAGGAAAAAAACGUAGAUGUGUCCGACACCAUGAAGAACCUGUCAAGACUUUUAACCGAAAAAAUUCAAGAUGUUUCUAAGGCACUGCGGAAGCUGGACAAGUAAAACUGCAAUGCAAAUAAAACUGAUUAACAGCUGAACUGCCUUUGUUGUGUGAAAUCCAUCAGCAGAACACUUUUGGUAGGCUUCUGCACGGGCCAGUUGCAAUGGGGACCAACUGGGACCAGUUGCAAUGGGGACCAACUGGGACCAGUUACAAUGGGGACCAACUGGGACCAGUUGCAACGGGGACCAUCUGGGAAUUGUUCCAUAAACCAGUUCAACUGGAACCAGUUGCAUUCCCAGUUGGAAAUUUUCAC